AUGAUGGCAGAGGCAAUUGCUUUGUCUUCCCAAAUUGCUAUAACAAUCAAGAACAAUUAUACACAACUGGAGAAUUGGACAAAGAGAGGAUAUUUCUUGGAAACAAUAAUCAUCUUAUCUGUUCCAAUCUGCAUCUGGGGAUUAGUUGGGAAUGGAAUUGUGUUCUGGCUUCUCUGCUUCAGGAUCAAGAGGACUGGGGUCUCAAUUUAUGUCCUCAAUUUGGCAAUUGCUGAUCUUACAGUAGAUAUCUACUAUAUUAUAGCUUUUAUUUUAUUUUUGACACCACUUUAUAUCGAUCUGAAGUUUUCACGUAUAAUGGAGAAUAUUUAUUUAUUGGGAUACAACUCUGGCAUCUACCUUUUAACAGCUAUUGCUGCUGAAAGGUGUCUGUCUCUCUUCUUCCCAGUGUGGUAUGAAUGUCACCAGCUAAAUAAACUCUCAGGAACUGUGUGUGCCAUUUUGUGGGCCUUGUCAUGCCUGGUGUCAGUGGUGGGAUAUAUUGCCUGUUAUCCAAGAUUCCUUUCAUCUUACAAUGCAGGUAUUUCCAGUUGCAAAGCUGCAACUAUAUUUGAAAUCAUUGUCAAUUUUUUAAUUUUCUUAUCCAUCAUGAUCACCUCUGCUUUGGCUCUUUUUAUCAGAAUGCAGAGAAAAGCAAAACAAACCGCUCCGACAAGGCUUGAUAUCACCAUCACAGUAAUGGUUGUUCUGUUUCUUAUCUUUUCUUCUCCAAUUAGAAUUGUUGAUAUAAUAGCAUAUUGGGAUCAAACAUUAGAUGCACCAAUCCCACAUCUACUUUCUCUGUUGUUUGAUUCCAUCAAGAGCAGCAUCAACCCUUUGGUAUAUUUUUUCAUUGGAUGCUGGAAGAGACCGAAGGACACGGAGCCCAUUGAUAAAUUUCUUGAGAGAGUUUUGAGUGAUAAGGAACAUAUGGCAAAGAAUACAAAUAAACCAAAAGCAGACCAGAAAGUAUCUUGGGCCUCAGAAAUGAAUUGA